GGGAACCUUCUCUUACUCUGAAAUGCAUUACGCCAAAUUUUCAGUCAGUGGAACAACCCUGAUUUACAUCAGCUGAGGAUCAGUUCUGCUCUGUGCAGAAAGGCCCUCUUUACAGCUAUGCUACAUUGGUAUCAUUGAUAUUCUCUUAAUACCGACUUCUUAUUGCACGGUUACAGCCAUUUGGAUUGUCCACUGGCAGCCUAGUGAUAUGAGCUGCUGUUACAUUACUCUGAACUGCCACCAAUCCAGUAAGGUGGUAGCCUAGGCAAAAUGGACACAUGAAAGAAAAAGUUCAUGAAAGAAAAAGUUCAUCUUCUUCUGUACAUUCCAUGUUUGUGGAUGAGCUCCUUGCGCAGGCAGUUUCAUGAAUUAUGCUAUGUGAGAUUUGAUGAUGAAGAGGAGGAAAGCAUGAAGACAACAGAGAGCUUCAGUGUGUGUGCAGCCUCCAGAAGCCAGAUCUCCAUUAUGGGAGAUCUUCAGAGAGUUCUUAGCAAAGGAGAAUAUGCCCCCUUCACAUCCGCUCCCAUGUUUGAGAGCAACUUUGUCCAGGUUAAUAGGAGAGGUGAACCAAUUUAUGUUCAUAACCGCCCCAACUGUGUGACUGUAGGCAUCUGUGCAUCCAGCCCCAGCCUAUCACUGCCCAAUGUGAUGCUGCUAGCACACACAGUGCCUACAUCUUCCCAGGAAGCUGUGUCAAAGCCCCGGAAGGCCUCAAAGCAGCCAUCUUCCAUGGAGCAGCUAGUACUCAGCAGGUUCUUCCCCUUGAAGUUUGUGGAGAUCACCGUUCACAAUGCUGAGAAGCGUCGCCUCAAGCUGAAGCUGGCAAAUGGCCGCUCCUUCUACCUGGAGCUCUGUGCCCCACCAGGCAAGCAGUGCCUCCUCUUCCGUCAAUGGUUGCGGCUCAUUUCUCUCUUGAAACUUCCCCAAGACCAGUACAACAAUACGCAAGUCAAUGUAGUGUAUGAGAAUUUUAAUGGGCAGCAAGCUGAGAGAAUGGAAGGCACAAGGAACCAGUCAGACAGCAGAGACACCCAGCUAGAGACUCUGAAUUCUAUUGAUAUCUCAGAAUCAGAGAAGGAGGAAGUUGCUAAGCGAGCAUCCUCCAAGCGAGUCACCAUCUCUGGCAUAGUGGGUCCUACUGAAGAGUGUGGCAGCAGCAAGAGAGGACUGGCAGUUGCCUCACGCAGCUCCAUAAUAAAAGAGACCAAAAGAGAUCCCAGCGUGCAGUCAGAGAAACAACAAAGAAAAGAUCACCUGAAGGUAAAGAAGAGCAAGAGCACAGAGAGGAAGAAAUCCAGGGAAAAUGUAGCAGAGUAUAAAACAGAAAACAAUUUGCAGGCUUCAGGAAAUCAAAAGAGUGGCAGUAAAUCCGGAGUAAUCUGUUGCAAGUAGUCAAAGGGUCUUAUCAACAAGAAAGAAUUGAAAAAAACAAAGCAAAGCAGUCUGAAGAUGAGAUACAAUUGGAGCAGGAAAGAAACCCUAGAAACAUCAAAACUGUCUCCUACGUUUUAAUAUUAUGAAAUUAAACAUUGUUGAAACACUAA